CCACAAUCACACACCACCUCUUGCUCGCGUGCAACACAGCUGUUGCCUCCCAACAACCGCUUGGCUCCAAAUCAUAGCUCUCUGCACCAGAUACUGUCUCCACGAGCUCCGGCACUAUCCUGCAACAUGGAUUCCGCCACUGUUCAAUCACCCGUCACCAUCAUCGUCAACAGCCUCCGCGGCCAGAACAUCGCAUUCGCGACCUCAAAGGACGCUCCUUUAACCUCCAUCUAUGAUACCCUCUAUGACCGCGCGCCAUGGAUACAGAACUCAUCCUACAUUCUAACCACCAACGCCCGCCGCGCAGUCCGCCAUGAGGCCGCACCCAUCUCUUCACUACUCUCCUCACCAUCCGAUACGUUCCUCCCGCUUCGUCUGACUGUCCCGCUAUGCGGUGGCAAGGGCGGCUUCGGAUCCAUUCUGCGGGCUCAAGGUGGCCGCAUGUCCAGCCGCAAGAAGAAGCAGAACGGCGACGCAAAUGCCUCAUCACGAAACCUUGACGGACGACGCCUGCGCACCGUCGCUGAAGCAAAGGCGCUCGCUGAGUACCUAGCUAUCAAACCCGAGAUGGAGAAACGGGAGAAGGACGAGCGCCGCAAGCGAUGGGAGGACAUCGUGGCCAGCACCGAGCGCAAGCAGGAGGAAUUGCUGAAUGGCAGAAGCCAGGCUCGACUGGACGGGAAGUGGAUUGAGGACAAGGAGGAGGCGGAGAACAAGACGCGAGAGGCUAUUGAGAAGAUGCUGAUGGCUCAGCGGGAGAGCUCCGAGGAGGAAGAGGUAGAAGAACCUGCGAAAGUUGCGUCAUCGUCGAAGCCUGCACCACAGCGGGCGAUGUUUGGGUGGGAUGACGAGGACGAUGAGUUCAUGAGUGAUAGCGAGGAGGAAGAGGAGGUGUCAGAGGAGGAUAAACCCAAGUACGAGGGCAAAGGGAAGGGGAAAGCGGCAUGAAUUGGCUCCUUCAGUACACUGAGCAGUUGAUUUAUUCAAGCGGCGUUUAUUGGAGGUAUUUUCAGGCGUUCAAAUGCGAUACCCAAGGAAAGCCGUACUUUGAGAGGCUUAAUCUAUGUUUUUCUACUCAUACAAUAUUCCCAC